AUGCGAUUGAGCUGUCAAUUGGUUGCACUGCUGUUGCUGGCUUGUGCAUUCGUUUCAUUUGAGCAGUUAAUACGUCGAAAAGUACUCCCAGCAACUUCGAUAACAUACGAUGAUGCUGAUGUUGAUCUAGACGCACCUGUAUGGACAACAGUAGGAUCGUUGAACAGCGCUUCCGGUGACGGUGUCUGGGUAGUGAAAUCGCGGACGGCCAGUUCAGGACCGACGGCUGGUCCGUCGUCUACGGCCGGCCAGCCGAUCCCGGUGGAGAACACCCAACCACAACAGCAUCCAAAACUUAUGCGCAAACAGAAUGCGCCAAACAUUUGUGGCUAUAAAAACGUCGCCAUUGCUCGAUUUUUCAGUUGGUGGACGAAAAUGAUUCACUUACGCAAAUGUCCAGAAAUAAAGCAAGACCUGGAUGCCCGUGAGUCGGACGUCUGCGCAGUCUCUGCCACAUGCCUGCAAGCCGACAGUGAAAUACCGUCCAGCUAUCUUCAGUGCGAUCAAACAUCGCUUCGUUGGGUUCGAAGAUCCUGUCAGGACGGCUUUGUCUUCAAUUUCGAGCAGCAAACAUGUGUGGUACCGAAGAGAAUGAGUUCACUAUCUCCAAUCAUCAGUACGCUGGACGAAUUCUAUGAUUUACAUGUGCCAGGGGCUACUUUGAAAUUGGAGAGAUUUCUUUUUUCAGUGACAAGUGACGUAUCAAAUGCUGAAUGCACAGAUUCAUCGGAUUGUCCACCCACAUUCAUUUGUAUCAACAAACGCUGUCAUCUGCGAGUUUGUCCCCGUGGUAACAAGGUGUUUUUCACAUGCACCAAUAUUUAUCAGUGCAAAGCGGGGGAAAUUUGUCUCCUCGGUGGAUGCUGUCCGAAAAAACAAAUCAAAUCCCGUGAAAAAGUAGACAAACCAUCGCACAGAAAUAUCAAAAACCUUGAUACUGUGACGGAACCAGUAUCUGAACACCGCUCCACGUAUUCGACGCUUGGCGUUGCUUUGAACGAAGCAGCCGACCAGGUCACUGACGCUGACCUGGCACAAAACGAUGGUGUUUUGCAACUGUUUCCUACUCCAUCAACGAAUGCCGCUUGUACUCUGGACAGACGCGUGGACGAAUGCAGUAUGAGCAAUCCAUGCCCUGAAGCUGAUGAGUGUAUCAGCGGACAAUGUUGUCAAGUAAUGGGACACCAUCGUUGUCAGAAUGGAUUGUGGCCGCUGUCUGUUCCGCACCGCUGCAGCCGCUCACAACAAUGUCCAAUUCAGUCACGUUGUGAACGAAGCACAUGCUGUCCCUUCGACAGGAAUUCUUCUGAUACGUCGGCUACCACUGCGAAACCCCUUUUCUCCGAUCUGCCAUCAUCGAAGACGAAGUCGAGAGGUGAAAGCAAGUCGAUCGAUUCCAAUUCGACUGCCAAAAAAUUUCGUUGUUUGGUGAAGCAUCGUUGCUCGGCGAGUCGCUCACUUUGCCCACCAGAAUAUACCUGCACGCUAGAUGGACGUUGCUGCUACUUGAACGUCGUCUGCCCAGACGGUGGCGUUCCAGAGGCGAUGUGCAGUGAAGAUUCACUCUGUCCAAGCACAACACAUGUGUGUGUUUUAAUCAAUGAGGAGUCAAGAUUUUGCUGCAAUACAAAACGUCGAAGUUCAUCGUUCACAUUCAGCUGUCCAACAGGCAGUUUCGAGGUGAAUCCUCGUUUUGGCACCAUUUGCCGAUAUAGUCUACAGUGUCCGUCACCGUACUUCUGCAAUAGCAUGGGAAAACAUGAUUUUCAAGCGGCUCCUCUCUGUUCUGGGGGAGGUAUUCCCAUUGGCCAGUGCAACUUGGGGUACUGCUCACCAGGAUACUCGUGUCAACAGAACCUCUGCUGCCCCAGCUAUGCACCUCCUCCUCCGCCUCGUAUUCAAGCCUUCGUCUGCCCAUCUGGAAGCCCAUCCGUCGGCAACUGUGUGAACGGUGCUUGUGCUACCGGCUUCUCCUGCGUUCAAAAUCAGUGCUGUCCUUCACUGGUAACGAAGAAUCCAUUCGUGUGUCCGAAUGGAAAUCAAGCAGCUGGUGGAUGUGUGAACGGCCAGUGUGGUGCAGGCUACACCUGCCAGAACGGACUGUGCUGUGCCGGCACUACGGCGGGCGUCAGAUGCCUGGACGGUUCGGAAGCCGUCGGUGCCUGCAUUCCAUCGUGUCAAGGUGACGGUUGCGGAGGCGUGCAAAUCACCUACUACUGCGGAACAGGAUACACUUGCACCACUGGGAACAUUUGCUGUCCGGUUACAACUUGUCCUCAGGGUGGUGAUCCGAUUGGGCCACCAGUGAAUGGCCUAUGCCCUCAAGGAUCCACCCUUCAAGGAGGUAUCUGUUGUAGCAAUGCAGGCAGGUGUCCGGAUGGAAGCGCUGGUACUCCACCAGUAAAUGGUAUCUGCCCAGCUGGAACAACGCUUACAGGAAACGUUUGCUGUCCUGCCGCAGGAGCACUUGUGGGCGUUUGUGAUGCACCGUCUAUGGGAAUCGGCCCGUGCACUCCAGCCGGAUGUAGUGUCGGUUAUGCCUGCGACAACAAUCCUACAAAUCCUCAAUGCUGUCCGGUUGUCAACUUCCGCGAUCCGCAAUUUCAAAUCGGACCCGCCGUCGCGGGAAUGUGUCCAGUGGGAUAUGUAGCUGUCUAUCCACCCUCGAGCGCCAAUCCGGACGGCACGAACGACGGUGUUUGCGUCGAUCUGCAAACAGUUCCCGGUCUCUGUGCGCUUGCUGUGCAAGCAGGCCCUUGCAACAACGGACAAUGUCAGCCGGGAUUCACCUGCAAUACUUACGCAGAUAUUUGUUGUCCAACAACGACGGCGUUCAGUAGACUGAAAUCUGGGCAGAACAUACGACCAACCGCCUACGGACGACCAUUACACAGUUAUAUGCCACAAGUGCUCGCUUCAGCUCAUUUCGAAAUGUGCAACGACGGUUCGGCCGCGUCUGGUGGUUGCAUAAACGGCUUAUGUGGAGUCGGUCUCGAGUGUCAGAACGGGCUUUGUUGCCCACCACCAAGGAAGGAGUCCAGAAUAAAAAGCAUUUGUCCCAACAAUGAAGUGGCUGUGAGUGGUUGCUUUCCUAACGGCGUCUGUGGUUCAACGUUUGAAUGCGUCGAGAGGCUAAAUUUAUGCUGUCCUCCUGGAGGAAAUGAUGUACAGUCGAAAGCAACCAUAUUGCAAGAGACCAUACGUCCGAUCGGAGCGCGAUGCGUUGGUGACACGGAAUGUGUAGGUUAUCAGGAUGGACUGUCGUUAUGUCAUGCUGGCGUCUGUCAAUGCUCACCCAUAGCAUACUCGCAAGGCAUUGCAUGUGUACGACGUAAACAUUUCAAAGUGAACGAUUCGCCUGUCGGAGAGGAUGAGAAGUGA